CUUUGCUGGGUGAGCUGAAUGUUUAAGAGUCUGCAGUAACAAUAUCUUCGGUUAAUCUUCAGAGAGAAUCGACCAGAGAGAGACUAACUGCUGCUGCUGCGGAAAUAUUCAGCCACACCGCAGGAGGAAGGAUCGGUCAUCAGCUCAGACUGCUGGAAAACCCGGAUCACCUCCGAGCCUCCAGAUCUGCCUCAACAAUAUGUCUGUUAUCAGGCAAGAUGUUGCUGCUCACUAUUUUGUCCUAAACCAACAAGAGAUUUCUGUUUUGGACCAGAGGGAAGCAGAAUCUCUAAAAACUGAGAGAAGAGCAGAAGAACCAGAACUUAGACAAGUAAAAGAAGAAGAGUAUGGAUCGGAACCUCUGAUAAAUGUGAAGAAAGAUAAAAACAUAAAGCAAGAGACGGACACCUUAAUGGGAACACAUUCUGGAUCUCUUGAAAUAAAGGAAGAACCAGAGGAAAUAGAACUGCAACAAUUGAAAGAUGACUAUUGUCAAUCAGAAUCUCAGCAGAUGGUAAAAAUUGAGGUUGACAACAUCAGUCAGGAUGAAAAUCAGGAAGUACUGAAGCAGGAGACAGAUACCCUAACGGUAACCGAUUCUGGAUCUCUGGAACUCAAAGAGGAACCAGAAGAACUAGAAACUAAAGAAGUGAAGGAAGAGGAGCAUGGAUCAGGACCUCAGCAGAUGGCAGAAAAAGAUGCUGUAAGCAUCAGCCUUGAUGAAAAGCAGGAUGUACUGAAGCAGGAGAUUGAUAAUUUAAUCACAAAGACUUCUGAUGGUGAAACAAACCACCAACAACCACAACUCAAAGGAAACCAAAUCGUCUUUCAGAAUAUCCCUGAAACGGAUCAUCAUCAGAAAAUAAAGACUCACAACAAAGGUCAAAGUGGCAAUGUAGAGAAAGGGAUGAAGGGUAGGAAAACUUACAAAGGUAAAAACUAUAAGCAAUGCACAGUGUGUGGAAAAAAGUUCAAAUGCAGGAGCGAUUUAACAAGUCACAUGAAAACUCAUAGAAAUGAGAAUCCUUUCUCAUGUCUAACCUGUGGGAAAUGUUUAAGUCGCAAACAAAGUUUAGACAGACACAUGAUGACGCACACAGGUGAGAAGCCUUUCUCAUGUCUAACCUGUGGAAAAGGUUUCACUCAAAAAAGUUAUUUAGACCAGCACAUGAAAACUCACACAGGUGAGAGGCCUUUCUCAUGUCUAACAUGUGGAAAAGAUUUCAUUCAAAAAAGUAGGUGGACUUGCCAUAUGAAAAUUCACAAAGCUGAGAGACCUUUCUCAUGUAUAACAUGUGGAAAAGGUUUUAUUAAAAAAUAUAGUUUGACUUGCCACAUGAGAACUCACACAGAUGAAAAACCUUUCUCAUGUCUAGCUUGCGGAAAAAGUUUCAUUCAAAAAAAUAUUUUGACUCGCCACAUAAAAACUCACACAGGUGAAAAGCCUUUCUCAUGUUUAACCUGUGGAAAAGGUUUCGUUCAGAAAAACAAAUUGAUUCACCACAUGAGAUCUCACACAGGUGAGAAGCCUUUCUCAUGUGUAACCUGUGGGAAACGUUUCUUUCAAAAACAUAGUUUGACUAUACACAUCAAAACUCAUACAGGUGAGAAGCCUUUCUCAUGUCUCACCUGUGGAAAAGGUUUCCUUCAAAAACGUAGUUGGACUUUUCAUAUGAGAAGUCAUUCAGGUGAGAAGCAUUUCUCAUGUUUAACCUGUGGAAAACAUUUUAUUGAAAGUAGUUGUUUGAGAAAGCACACAAGAACUCACACAGGUGAGAAGCCUUUCUCAUGUGUAAGCUGUGGAAGAGAUUUCACUCAUAAAUAUAGUUUGAAUUGCCACAUGAGAAUCCACACAGGUGAGAAGCCUUUCUCAUGUCUCACCUGUGGAAAAGAUUUCCUUCAAAAACGUAGUUGGACUUUUCACAUGAGAAGUCAUGCAGGUGAGAAGCAUUUCUCUUGUACAAUCUGUGGAAAAGAUUUUACCCAAAAUAGUUGUUUAAAUCAGCACAUGAGAACUCACACAGGUGAGAAACCUUUUGCCUGUAUAACAUGUGGAAAAGGUUUCACUCAAAGAUGUAGCUUGAAUAGUCACAUGAGAACUCACACAGGCGAGAAACCUUUCUCAUGUAUAAUCUGUGGAAAAGGUUUCAGUCAUAGAUGUAGUUUGAGUAACCACAUGAGAACUCACAACUGAGAUGUCUCAUUAGAAGGGCUCAAAAAGUUAACAGGGUUUAAAUGGGCUAUAGAUAACCAUUUUCUAGAUAAAAAUAUUCUCAACUAUUCUCAACUUCUCAAUUUUAAUGUAUUGUACUUUUUAUUUUGUACAUAGUUUACUAUUAAUUUUCUCAAUGUGCUCUGAGCAAGUAUAUUUGAUGGUGACACAACAUAGCAAAAUAAAAGUCUCACCAACAGAAAACAG